AUGGGGAAAAAAUCUAAAAUUAAAGAUGUUGAUCGAUCUGAGCUUCAUAUUAUUCACUAUCUCAGUGAUCCUGAUUAUAAAUCAAGAAUGUUGACAUGUAACCAUCCACUUCCUCCGGAUCGGUACAACGAAAGGGUGGAGGAUCAUCUGCGAAUUACCGGGUUCUAUCAUGCAUCUCAGAUUGGGAUAGUGCAGUGUCAGAAAGCAUUGGUAAAUGCUCUAAUUGAACGUUGGCACCCAAAGACACAUACGUUCUACCUUCCCAUUGGUGAAUGUGCUGUGACACUUGAAGAUGUAGCUCUGAUUCUUGGUCUUCCCACAGAUGGUCUUCCGGUCACAGGGAUGACAGUGAGCAGUUUUGAAGCGUUGGAGGCAGAGUGUUUGCUUCAAUUUGGAGUUGCACCGCGUAUGUCUGACUGUAGAUCUAGUUGCAUAAAACUUACCUGGCUGCGUGAUUUAAAAGAAAAUUUACAGUUGAUUGAUGAUAUCAGUAUACAGAGGUAUGUGAGGUGCCAUAUUAUGUUGUUGAUCGGGACGAUCUUGUUUGGGGAUAAGUCUGGGGUAGGAGUGCAUUGGAAAUUUCUACCCUUGCUACGUGAUUUUGGUAGUAUUGGUCAGUAUAGUUGGGGAGCGGCAUGCCUGGCACAUCUCUACAGGGCAUUAUGCCGGGCAUCCCGUUUUAACUGCAAGGAAAUAGAUGGUCCACUAACACUUCUACUCUGUUGGGCUUGGAUCAGGCUGCCAAACCUAUCGCCGCUACCUAGGGAACCUCGAAGUUUUCCACUAGCAAACAGGUAA